AUGGAGUCUUCGUUGAUGGCUUACCUCACUGAUCUUGGGAAAUUGGUCCUAGAAGCAGCAGCAAUUGUGAAUAUUCAGGAGGGUUUGUCACUCAUAUGUGCUCUUAUAAUUGCUCACAUGGCGGAUACAUGCAUAGGACGUUUUGAAGUCGUACUUUAUGGCAUCGCUUCAUAUUUCUUUGUUUACAAGGAUGAUUGCAAAGCUGCUGCUCGUGUAAAAGUAUGGUGGUUUCUUGCUUCGGUGUUGGGUGCUUUUGCAUCUGUGAUCAUAUCUGGAAGUUAUUCCGAGCAAAUGAUUUUCAUCAUUCCAGCAUUAGCGAUGGGAGUUAAUUAUUUCAUCUUUUGGUCUGGAAUCCGCUUUUACUACUUUGAAAACCCAACUGGAAGCCCUCUUACCAUUGUUUAUAGAGUUUUCAAGGCCUCUAUAAUGAAGCUCCACCUGCGAUGGUUGGACAAAGUUGCUAUUUUAGAGUCUUCACCCCUCUUAGAAGAACAGGUACAAGGAGGAAGACUUUGCUCGGCAAGAGAUGUGAAACGAGUAAAGCAACUAUUUACUUUGAUCCCCAUGUGGACAACACUCCUUGGAUUUGGUCUGGUGCUGGCAACGGGGAGCACUUUUUUUGUUAAGCAAAGUGAAAAUCUUGAUGAAGUUGUGCCCAUAAAUGCUUUCUUUCUAAUUCAGGAUCUUGUAAGUUACACGGGUCUAUACCUCUACAACAAGUCAAUAGCUAAGUGGUGGCAUAAACCAAUGCAACAAGCUAUGCUUGUAAGAAUUGGAGUUGGGAUGGCGUUUUCUAUACUGUUGCACAUAUGUGGAAAAGAUACAGCACUACCAAUGAGCAUUCUGUGGUUAGCUCCGCAGUAUAUCUGCUUAGGAGUUGUGGAGGGGCUCAUGAAUGAUGUAAGUAUGUUUAAGUAUCAGGACACUGAUGAAUGGAUGGAACACUACGACUCGCCAUUCAAGGAUUGUGGGCACGGUUUUGGAAAGGUGCUGACUGCUGUGCUUAUUUCCAUGUUCAGAGGCUUCUGGUUUAAUGACACCAUAAACACGUGUCAUCUGGACAGAUAUUUUCUACUCUUGGCUUGCCUAAGCUCCUUGAACCUGUGCUUUUAUGGGUGUGUUGCAUAUAAGUAUGCAUGCUCGGAACCCCCGCCAGACCCAGAUAAGAAUUGCAUGAACUUGGAGCUUGGUCUUGUUACAGAUUCGAAAGUUCCAUGGUUCGAGCAAUCACUCUCCUUUCCACGCUCCCGUGCAGCUGCCAGCAGGGUAGUUCCCAUUCGCUCUCGAACAUCAAUUGAACAUUGA